AUGUGGACUAGAGGACACGUGUACAUGGCGGCUUACGCUGUCACCAGUACCGCCAUGUUCGCCGCAUCGCUCAUAACCUCAAUGGCCAAACUGUACGACUUUUUGACGCUUAUCCAGGAACUUACCUUUGAUAUAAGAUUAAUAGUGCUACUCAAUUUCAUAGUGUGUUUCUAUUUAGUAUGGAUGUUGGUUAGUAUACGAGUAGUGUUUGGCGAGAUCCGCGUGAUCGAGAUGGAACACAUUGCUGACCGGAUCCCCUUUCUGAUGCUUACACUUCUCUUCCUUUUGUUAGAUGACGAGAACCUCAUUUUGGACUGGAUCUGGUUCGGGCUCACGCUCUGUAUGAAGGUGUACCAUACAAUAUUGUAUGAUCGGAUCGACUAUUUGCAGGUUCGGAUUGUGAACCGGCUUCUGGAGGGCACCGGCGGACGCUGGGCGGUGUUCAAGAUGUAUGUGACCGAGGUAAGUGUAGUACUUCUUGCCGCGCUCAUGGUUGUAGAUGUGGUGAUGGCCAAAGUGUUGGCGUACGAUGUUUUCCAAGGUCUUAGUGCAAUCGAAAGUCUUCUAUUUGGCAUCCAGUUUGGUGUGAUGGGCAUUGAGGGCUACACCUACUUGGGCAAGUUGACCUUGAACAUGUACGAGGUGAUCUUCUACCGGUUGCCAUCGAGACAGGAGGAGCGGGAAGAAGAGCCAGUAAAUCUUGGAUCUACAACCUUAAUUGACGAGGAGGAUGGCGACUACAAUGCAGAUGUUGGAGAAGACGAAGACGACGAUGAUGAUGAGUUCGACGAGCAGAUCUGGGAGAACAAGGCGUUCUACGUCCAAACAUUUACUAUUUUCCUGUCCACCCUCCGUGCAUCUUUCUACAUGGUCUUUCUUUACAUGCUCUCCUUUCACACAAACUUGGCGUUGCCUGGCACAAUCAUACAGGGCUGUAUCACCUCUUUGUAUCAGUUGUGUAAGCAGAUCAUUCUGUUCCGCAUCUUCCUUUUGCACUCGCGCCGCUUGGACAACCAUCUAUUCACUGCUAGUGAGUCCGAAUUAGCUGCCGCUGAUCAUAUGUGCAUCAUCUGCCGCGAGAAUAUGCAUUGCCCCUCCACGUUCCAGAGAACCCGUGGCCGGCUGCUCAACGCGCGCAAGUACCCCAAGAAAUUGCGCUGUGGUCAUAUCCUUCAUCUAGCAUGUCUUAAGGAUUGGCUUGAGCGCUCCGACAGCUGUCCACUCUGCCGCCAGAAGGUGUUCGCGACACUUUCUGGUCUGGCUGCAACAACCUCGUCACAACCUGUCACACCAGCACGCCCACAGGCGCCAGCUGAACAGGUUCCACGAACUGCAACGCCUGUCGCCCCAACUCCAGCUGCAACUGCAACUACAACUGCAACUGCCAAUGUUGUUGCUACAGAAAUCAAUGACGCCCUGGAGGCAUCUGACAUCCCUGUGGUCCCAAUGACAAACACCGCUGGCGGUGACAUUAGCGAAAAUGUUGUUUCGUGCCCCGAUCGUCUCACCCCUGCUGGUUCAGGGGGCUCGGCUCUUUCGGCAGUUUCUUCUAGCUCGGCUAUAUCCUCGUUCCUGAGAAUCUGCACUGGAUCGAAUUCUCGUUUCUUUGUUCCACGAGACUGGUCUUGUCACGCUAUAGACCCUACAGACUCGCCAAACCGGUACUCGGUCAGGCUCUCCGAUUCAUGUGUUGCAAGUAUGGAGAUUAGCCAUAAAUAA